AUGUCCGAGAGUUCAUAUCACCCAUACCCCUUUGCUACCGGAGAAAGUUACCAGAGACACGAAGCCUACGGAUAUGGGUCCGACUGGGAACACAGUGUUCCCCCUUAUCCUAACGACGCGUAUUAUAACAAGACUCAUGAUACAAAUAGUUCGACUGAUUUUUGGAGAGAAGAUUCCGAGGAAAGCGUAAAACAACAAACUGGGUUUGAUGAGAGUAAUAUAGACCCUACAUUCUUCACCGAUCCUUCGAUGGUAAAUCCAAGUGCAACGUUUCAAAUAGAUUUCUUUAAGAAAAGCACACCUAGUGAUAAAGACGAAAUGUUUCGACGCGCAGAAAGGCACAUUUCGAUCCAACCAAAUUCUGGUCGUUUCCCGAAAAAUCGUGAAUCCUCUGUAAAUGACGAUGACGAUUAUUAUUCGGAGUCAUCACAAUCUCCUAUGAACUCCAGCUCCAAUAUGUGGAGGUCUCCCUUACGUACAUCCUAUGUUAAUAACGAUGGUAUAUCACCAAAUUCAUCAACACUAAAACAAGUCGAAAAAUAUCAGUAUUCAUCUUACUCACCAUCUCCAUACAAAAGUUAUACUCCGAGAGCUCUUAACUCAUCUCAUUCAAGGAAGGCUCCAUUAUCUUUAUCAUACCUUCCUUCACCCAAAUCGUUGAUGGCUAGUUUUAGGGCAAGUACGUCUGUGGAUAGUCCAAAGAAGCAUGCUUGUAACUACUGCCAAAUGCGAUUUAGUAGGCCAAGUACUUUACAAACCCACAUCUACACUCAUACUGGCGAAAAACCAUUUAAAUGUGAAGAAGAUGGUUGUGGCCGUUGUUUCUCGGUUGUGAGCAAUCUCCGUCGCCACCAAAAAAUUCAUCUGAAUAAAAAAUUUUAG